AGAUUACAGUGAAAGGGACAAAGGUGGUUAAUUAAAAUAGUCAGAUAGGAGAGACUGUCUUAAUUAAACUUGAGAGAAGUUCGGUCCUGGCGGUCGUGAUUCGUGGGAAUAUAUCACUAGCAUUGAUUUGUUCUCUCUUCAACGGAUUUAAAAGGAGGGUCUUCCUCAAGACAAGGGCUCAUCCGUCUGCUGGCGACAACGAAGCUUGGAGGACAGGAAUCUGUCUGCAAGUCGCGAAUAUCAUCUUUGUCUACCUGACUCUACCUGAGCAGAUAAAGAAAAAGAAUGACAAUGGACAAACGUCUCCAUGUGGUGCUGUUGGCAAUGGUCCUGACCUGUAUGUCAUCAGAAGCCGCCGACGACAAGCCUUUGGUAGUGUCGAAAAAUGUGGAUAUUUUACCUACAGAAGGGGUGACGGUGGAGGAGGACAUAUUUAGAGAUAAGAGAUACAGCGACAAUAAAUUCUGCUUUGCUGAAGGAAAAACCUACAGAAAUGGAGUCACCUUCACUCUGAGUAAACUUAGCCCCUGUGUCAAAUACCGUUGUGAAGAGGGUACUCCCAAGAUUGUGAAAGAGGGGUGUUAUGUUAAACAAAACGAUCGCUGCAUCCAGAUAAACGCCAUGACUGAAAUCAAGUGCAUUACAUACCGCUGCACGAAGAGGGGGACAAAAAUUACACCCACUACAAAUUCGAGCCCGUCGACCCACCCAAGUGCAAGGAUGAGGAUGGGGUCUGUAGAUCGCCUGGGGAUGUCUUUCCAUAUACCAUAAAAGGCCGUUCGUACCCAGCCUGUGUUUGUCGCGUAACUGGUCCUACCAGCGUUCGGUACGAGUGUCACAGCAGGUGAGCGGCAACGUCACAUGACCAUGACGUCACAUGUCAAGUCUCUGCGCUUCCAACUGGACGAAGAUGAAUGCAAACCUCGCAUCAAAGUUCAAGACACACGUUAGCCUGGAAAAUAUGUAAACAACAUGUUUCAAUGAUAGUCUUAGAUUCUCUACAAAUAAAAUUGCAGGAAUUAUC